AUGUCUCUCACCUGGCGUAUCUCAGUCAUCGGCGAGGCCGACAGCCCAGAGGACUAUCUCUACGAUGCUUUAGGUGUUAUCUUUCCUGACGACGUCACAAACCAACACGGCGACGCCAAGAAUAGCCUCUCAUACGCCUCACCUCAUCUCCCCAAGCCUCUUGUCAUCGACCUCGCCGACCCCGUAAAGGAGGAUGAUCGAAAGUUGUUCUCUCACUACCUCUGGAACUCCUCUCUCCUACUUGCCGAGUUCAUUGAGGCCGAUUCGCUUGAUGUUCCGCUGGAGAAGCCCCGUGAAGCCCAGGACACCAUCUCUUUCGACGUGAGGGGACUUGAUAUUCUCGAACUCGGAGCUGGAACCGCGUUACCAAGUAUGAUGGGCGGUAUAUUGGGCGCGAAACGUGUCGCCGUCACAGACUAUCCCGCCGAACCUGUUCUCAAAACUCUCCGUACAAACGUCGCUCGCAACAUCCAGCCCUCGUUAGCACCCCCCUCGGCAGAGCCAACACCCUCUACUGCAAUCUCUGUCGAGGGCCAUUCCUGGGGUGAGCUUGAAGACCAUUUCAGCAAAUCAGGCGAGCAUGCGUUCGAUCGUAUCAUCGCCGCGGAUUGUCUUUGGAUGCCCUGGCAGCACUCCAACCUGCACUGCUCCAUUGCCCAUUUCCUCAAGCGCACACCCGAGGCACGAUGCUGGGUCGUCGCAGGCUUUCAUACUGGUCGAACGAACAUGAGCGGGUUCUACAACGUGGAGGCGCUUCAAAAGGUUGGACUUGAAGUUGAAAGGAUAUGGGAGAGAGACUGCAACGGCGAAGAGAGACCGUGGGAUAUCGAGCGGGAGGAUGAUAUCACCGUUCGGAAGAGGUGGCUCGUCGUCGCUUCGCUGAAGUGGGCUUCAACAUCGUGA